CAGAGCGUACUAAUACUAGCUGCACUCCACCUCAGGCUGUAACAUGCCCUGGUUGAUACUCUCUUCAGACCAGCAGGACAACAGGAGGACCAUGAACAGGAGUGAGAAGCGAGGCAAAAUUAAAAACAAGGAUCUCAAGAGGCAAACAAACUGCAGAGAGAGACCUAAUCCUGAGGACACUCUAUUGUGGUCUCAAUCCCUAGAGAAUCUUCUCAAGUCUAAAUAUGGAAUGGCAGCUUUUCAGACAUUUCUCAAGUCAGAGUACAGCUAUGAGAAUAUUGAGUUUUGGCUUAUCUGUGAAGAGUACAAAAAAAUCAGGUCUUCAUCCCGGCUUUCAUCCAGAGCCCAGAAGAUAUUUGACAGUUAUAUUGAAGCUAAUGCUCCAAAAGAGAUAAACAUUGACCAUCAGACCAGAGACGCCAUCAGGCAAAGCGUGAAGACACCCAACACAUCCUGCUUUGAUGUGGCACAGAGGAUUGUAUACAGUCUCAUGGAGAAGGACUCCUAUCCCAGGUUUCUUCGCUCCGACAUCUACAGCUCUCUGAUGGCCUCAGCAUGACACCUGAUGCAGCAGCGGAAAUGUAUCCUGCCUCAUGUACACCGGACUGUUGCUGUCAAAGACUGUCGGACUAAAAAUGAAGAAUGGCUAAAAUUUGAGGAUUCCUAAAACAUUGGACACACGCAUGAGGAUACAAUUGUAUUUACAGAAAUGUUGGAAAUGCUGGGGAGCCUCUCACUUUGCUAUCUACUGAUCUGCCCCGCCGCCAUGUAGGCCAGGCUGUAUGAAUCAGAUGUGAGUGUGCGUACACGUGUGCGUGUGUGUGUCUGUGUGUGUGUGUGUGUGUGUGCGUGUGUGUAGUGCUCUCCUAAAAGCUGACUCAGUCGCCUCAGCCGGUCUGCUGUGUGGCUGUGUGGCUGUGCUGCAUGGGACCUCGUGUGCAGAAUUGUAGGGGAACUUCAAACAGGAUGCUAUGUUAGUUUCACAGAUAAACAGAAUGUCUGGUACUCACCCAGAGGAUGACAUAAAUGUGUCUCAAAAUGCACCUGGUUUCCCAGCUACGUAUAGCGCAUUUUAUUAUGAAAACUAAUACAGCAGAGGCAGAAAAAGCCUUACUGUAGUUAUCCUACCAUAAAGUUGUCUAUAUGGACCUAAAAUAGUUGAGUUGAUUUCACUAAUUACCUACUUCACCUUGCUGAAGACUUGUACAAAAGUACCCUCCUAUACAUAUGUUGAGCAGAUUGUACAUAUUGCUGUGUGUCUAUGUAUCUUGACCAAAUAGCUACAUUGGUUUACAGAAUAUUUAAAAGUCAAAGAUGUUUGAAGUCAAUGAUUUGUUUGUCUUGAAUGUAUGAAUAAAUCAAAAAGAUAAAGGAAAUAAAUAUUGUGUGUGAACACAUAUCUACGCAAAUCUACGGCAUAAUGAUUAUCAGCUCAUUUUUCCAACUUGUGAUGUAUUAACCCAUUGAUGCUGGAUGUUGCGUUGUGCAACAAUGGCCCUGGCGCCUGGAGCUGCAUUACGCAUUCAGGCUCAUGAAAUCUGAGACAACUUUUUAAAAUAUCUUUGUUUGUUUGAGAUGAAUGAACACAUUCUAAUGAAAGAUGGGGGUCUUAGCCUUUAAAAGCAACUUAGUGCGUAUUUCUCUGUGCUUCAGAAGCUGAGAUAUU